AUGAAGUUUGCGGAGGCUCUUAGUGAUGGCUUGGUUACGGAAUGGCAAGACCAAUACGUUGAUUAUAAAGGUGGUAAGAAAUUGAUAAAGAAGAUUCGCAAGCUCAAGGAUGAGUAUGAUCAAGAGUCGACUACCGUACUGGCAGAUGGGAAUAGUGAGAAUAAUGGUACUAACAAUGAUAGAAUGCCAUUGUUGAACUCGAAUGACCUUGAGAGACACGAUGAGUCCCACAGCGAUAACACACCACCAGUGUCAAGUUCGAGCAGUCGUCAUGAAACUAGGAAGCCUUCGGUGUUCAAUUACUCACUCAAGUCGAGUAAGACGGAUUAUUUCGCAGAGAGGAGAAAGUUUCAACUUUGGCUUGACGAAGAGUUGCUGAAGGUGGAUGAAUUUUACUCGGAAAAGGAGCAAGACGUUUACGAACGAUUUUUGCUAUUGGAGGACCAGUUGUAUCAAAUGAGGGAACAGAAAAACCAAAUUCAGAGACAACGAAGACAGCAUGAUGGGAAUGUCCAUGGUAUUGCUUCUCGAGGCGAACGUGUUAUGCCUCAUCGAGUUAACGAUUUAGCAUUUCAUACCAAAUUUUUCAUUAGUGGACUAAGCCGAUGGGACCUACCUUCGCUACCGUCAAUGGCAUUUGUGAAGAAAUGGAAGAGCAAAAAGAAGGUCAAGUAUGAGGAUGACAUAUCACUACAUGUUCAAGAUUCUGUCGAUUUGAAUUAUGCAGAAAAUCGAGUACGGAACGGUCUUGUUGAAUUGAGUGACCGUGCAACAGACCAAACAUCGUUGGAUUCGGAGUCCGAAGUGGAGGACUACUUGCCGGCAGCACAAUCUGGGCCCCAAACAGAUGACCAGAUACGACAAACCCGCAGACGUGAUUAUACUCCUAAAAAGCAGCAUUUUGGCGUGCCAUACUUGUAUGCAAAGAAACAAUUGAAGUCUGCCCUUUUGGAGCAUUACCGUGCAUUGUCGAUCCUCAAGUCGUACAGAACUAUGAAUAGAACCGCAUUUAGAAAAAUAACCAAAAAAUAUGACAAGUCGAUGCAUACCAACAUAAUGGAACCAUUUAUGCAGAGGAUCAAUACGUCUUCUUAUUUCUUGACAAGUGACUUGCUCGACAAAAUAAUUAACCAAGUGGAAGAGCUUUAUAUUGCCUUUUUUGACCCCGAAUCCAAAGAUAGGAAGCAAUCUUUGGAAAAGUUGAAAACAAUUGCAUAUACUUUCAAUUCAACCGAGAUACGACAACCUCAGUAUUAUACCGAGUUUUUCAGCUCUGGUAUUUUCCUUGGGUUUGGGAUCCCGUUAUUUACGUUGGGAUUAUAUACAGCGCUUCACAAAACAACCACUGGAGAGCUUCCUGAGGGGCGAUAUUUGCUACAGGUGUGGGGAGGAUUUUUCAUACUCACAUUGGCAUUCCUCUUAUUUGGAAUCAAUAUGGCUGUGUUUGACAAAUUCAGAAUCAACUACAAGUUUAUUUUCGAAUUUGAUAUAGCAUCUGCUUUGAACUAUAAACAAUUUUGGUUACUCCCAUCGUUUGCAUUUGCGUUUUUGUCACUAUUGGGGUGGUUCAGUUUCAACAAUUUUUGGCCGCAUAAAUUUCCAGGUAGAGACUGGCCGUGGAUCUUUUUUGGUGUUAUGUUGGUGAUUUUCGUAUGGCCGACAAACGCACUUUAUGGAUCGGGUCGGAGAUGGUUGCAGUUUGCAUUGUGGAGACUACUCUUGUCAGGACUCUAUCCAGUUGAGUUUCGGGAUUUCUUUUUGGGCGAUAUCGUUUGUUCAUUGACGUACACCAUGGGGAACUUGCCAUUUUUUUUCUGCUUAUUUGCCCACCAUUGGAAUGGCACUUUGGCAGGUCAGCCUGCUAGUGCCAAUACAUGUACAUCAUCUAGAUCGCGGCUUAUGGGAUUUUUCAGUACGUUGCCAAGUGUGUGGCGGUUGUUGCAGUGUAUACGUCGUUACAUGGAUACUGGUGAUUGGUUUCCUCAUUUGGCGAAUAUGAUGAAGUAUGCCGUGUCUGCUGUGUACUAUAUGACCUUGAGUAUUUAUCGUAUUGAGCGCAAAGAAAGAAACAGAAUUGUUUUCAUACUUUUUGCUUCACUCAAUUCGAUAUACACUUCGAUAUGGGAUAUUGUCAUGGAUUGGUCAUUGUUGCAAACCGGCUCCAAGCAUUUCUUAUUGCGGGAUUAUUUAUUUUACAAGAAACCAUACUAUUACUACAUAGCCAUGGUUCUUGAUGUGAUUUUGCGAUUCCAGUGGAUAUUCUAUGCGUUUUUCACACACCAGAUUCAGCAAAGUGCAGUAACGUCCUUUUGUGUUGCUCUAGCUGAAAUUCUUCGUCGUUUUAUUUGGAUAUUUUUCAGAAUGGAAAAUGAGCAUUGUACCAAUGUCAUUUUGUUUAGAGCUUCGAAAGAUACACCCUUACCCUAUGCAGUGUCGGCUAAAGUUGAACGUGCAGUGAAGAAGUUGGUCGAAUCUAGAUAUGAUGAUCGAAAGUCAUCUGAAGAAGAAGGAAUUGCCGAGGAGAAUGUUGGAUUCACUACUGGAAGAUCGGGAUCUAGGGGUGACGAUGAUGGUAGAGGUUCAGUUGAUUUGACAAGGUUGCUGACAAGGCAAUCCAUGCCACAUUUGCAACAACGAAAGACGUACUUUAAGCAAAUUACAGAUCGUUUGAACACGGCUCAUAUAAAGGAUUUCCAAAGACGAAAGACUGUAACGCAUUUGGACGAAGAUUCCGAUGAUGAGGAAGAUGAUGAUGAUGAUGCAAGUAUUGCCGGAAAGUCAAGUAAACCUUCUCGUGUGUCAUCUAUUAGAGAAGAAUAG